AUGAAGCCUGCCUGGGCUACGGCCGUGGAGCAGGCAUUGAAGAAAGAUGCUUCGGCAUUGGAGGGAUGGACGGAGAUCGAAACUAUCCUGCAGGAGAGCAGGAAGUGCUACAGGCAGGUGCUGCGGCCGGGUCAAGUCCUGGUGCACCCGUCGAAUCGCUCAGGGUUAGGAUUGAAUGGAGCCCAAGUUCACAAGACAGGGGCCCAAGUGCAAUCUGUAGGCUUCAGCUCCAUGGAGCUGAAGCGAAGUGUUUGCAUGGAAAUAUCCACGGAUAGAGCUCUGAGCCAAAAGGCCUUUAGUUUCAACAAGCGGCAAGUGGAUAUGAAUGGAGGGCUGCUAGCUGAGGUGCGAGGCGAUGAGCGAUACAUGUCGUUAGCACGCAGUCACUUUACGGCAUUUUGCCGUGCCUGCAUUGCAGCAUGUCCCUCGGACCAAGAGACGGUGUCGGACAACGGCAAGCUCACGUUGCAGCGAUUGUCUACGGACUUUCGGCAGGCCGUGGAUAAUGGAUGGGAGUGGCUGGUGCUGUCAGCGGAAGUUGAUGCAGUACUGCCCUCGCUGGCCUCCUUCGUUCAGGAAGUCAUGAAUGCAGCCCAAGGAGUUGCAAGAACGGCAGGCGAGCUGGAGCUCGCCAUGGCGAUGGUGACCCGAGCAAAGUUGCUGGCAGAGCAAGGUUUGUGCAUCGACUGGGAUGUUGCGCAAGCUGAUGUAGCAGCCACGGUGCCGGAUGCCUCGCCACAGACCGUGGCCGCUUGCGGGUUGUUCUGCAGAUUCUAUGCAGCAGGAACCGAAGCACCUCUGCUGAAGUUUUUGCACGACUUUUCCUUGAAAUAUGGGGCAAGCAAAAGAUUGGGAGAGGAAUUCAUGUCCACGGUCGCCGGCCUCCGGUUUGCAGGGCAGGAGCGAUCGCAUGCUUUCGCAAGGGCUGCGAUGAUCGCGACGAACCUGACAGCCACAAAAGUGGUAGACGGUGUGGCUCGGCUGCUGAGCAAGAGCGAUGUCAGCAGGCUCUGUGCGAAAGGCAUGGAAGAUGCUGUAAAGGAUUGGGAGGAGCUUCUUGCUCGUGCCUGGGCUCACACUCAGAAUGUGACGGAUGCAAGUGCACGUGCCAAGGCAGUUGAGUGCUUCGGUCGCCUGAUGGUUCGCAGCACCCUCUUCAUGUGCAAGAAAGAGAAGUCGGGGCAAGAAGGCCUUGAGCACGGGUCAUUGGCCAAUUUGCUGACUUUGUACGAACACGAGAUGGGUGGCAAGAGUGCCGGUGCAACACCGGCUGCUGCUACAAAAGAUGGGCCGUCUGAUGCGGCCCCUGCGACCUUGGAGAACAUGCAGGACCCGGCCUUCCUGAUGAAGCUGCAAGGCUUCGCAGAGGGGAACCUGUACAAAGGCAAGCAGAAGUAUCAGGACAUCUGGCCUUGGAAGCUGGAGAAAAUCGGCCAGAGCCACGGCUCUUUCUCGCUGUCUUGCCCAGUGAGCUGGGACAAGAAGGUCGAGGUGCCUCUGAGCGAGCUCAAGAAAUUUGUCGAUCUGUAUAGCGGAGAUGCACCCGAAGUGGUGUCUGACUCUGUGGACCGACUGCCCCAUAAUACGGAGGCUUGCAGCCAAGAGAGACUCCGAGGAGAGUUCUUCGAGCUCUGCUGCGAGUAUUUCCUGAAGUACUCGCACUGUGAAGAGGAGUUGACCUUUUUGAAGAAUCCCACGUGCUGUCUGUUGGAGGGCAAAGCCAAGACAGGCAAGCUGACGAUCUUCCCCUUCACGGAUCAGAUUUCAAAGGUUGGCUUAAAGCCGGCAGCUGGCAGUGUGGAGGUUUGGCAUUCGGCCUCGGGCACAAGCUUGUAUAUUUCACCCCCGGCUGCAGCCGGAAGUUUGCUAUCUGCCUUCUGGCAGAUCCCGGUCGGCUCAGAGCCGAAUCUGGCGACAGUCCUUCUGAACGAGAAGGGCUGGAAGAUUCCCAUUUUGAAGAACACUGCUUCGCUGAAGGAGUGCAUCCUGUACAGGCCGAAGCCUGCCGAAAGUUUGAGGGCCUCGGCCCAAGAGCUGGAUCAAGGAUCCGCUGCCUCGCGAAAGCGAAAGGCUUCUUGA